CUUUAUUGCUGUCCCGAAUUCCCAGAAAAUAAUUUAAAACUUAAUUUGAUUUCUUUACAAAGUACAAAAAUUUAAAAUAUCACAACGAAAAAAAAAUUAUAAAGAAAUAUAGAAAAUAAAAUAAAAGUAAUUGGAUGUCCGUGAAAUCUCAGAAUCCAAACACUCACAGAGAACCCUAACCCCAAAACAAAACUCCCAAACAAAACGCUUUUCUUUCCCUCCCAACCCCUCUCUCUCUCUGAAAAGUUAGACUGAACCACUUCUCUUCCUCCAGAUUCAAUCUCAACCGUCCGACCUAGAACCUUCAGAUCUAGAUCUAGAGAGUCUUCAGAUCUGAUACACGCGCUAUGGUUGUGAACGGAAGGCCAUUAAAGAGGAUGAAGAGGCGCGUGACGGCUGAUCUCCACGAUUUCUUGAACUUUCCUUCCUUGUCUUCCAUGGAUGGUAAAGAAGGUGCGUUCGGAGGACCGUUCAGGACGCGCGUGAAGGAGUUUCUGACGAAGCACGCGCUUCUCCCUCCUCCUUCGUCGCUGUUCCCUCACCUGCUUACGUGGCAGAUGCUGUUCCGCGUCGGAGAUGUCACCGACGGCCCUGAUUCGCUCCCCGAUGUGGUCUACCUUGACGUAGUUGAAGAAGAUGUGGCUAGAUCCAGAUCUGUGUAUUGCGACCAGUGCCGAGUUGUUGGUUGGAGUGGGCAUCCUGUAUGUGGGAAACGUUAUCAUUUUAUAAUAAAGGCUGAUGAUAGUUCCAUUGGUGGGUAUCACAAGCCAUGCAUGUGCUGUGGAGAUGUUUUGCAUCUGUCAGAAUCCAAGUGCAAGUCAUGCAACCAAGUGACUAGUACAGAUGAUGCUGAAGAUUGGGUGUUCCACCAGUUGGAAAACACAACUCACCUUUUACAUGGUGUGGUUCAUUCAAAUGGUUAUGGUCACCUUCUUAGGGUUAAUGGUAGGGAAGGGGGCUCAAGGAUUCUCUCUGGAUAUCAUAUCAUGGACUUCUGGGAUCGCCUUUGUAAAAUACUUGGAGUCAGAAAAGUGAGUGUGAUGGAUGUGUCAAAAAAGUAUGGGUUAGAGUACCGGCUGCUUCAUGCCAUCUCCAAAGGCCAUCCAUGGUACGGUGAAUGGGGUUAUGAAUUUGGUGCUGGUAGCUUUGCUCUCACCCUUGAUGCCUAUAAAAUGGCUGUUGAAAACCUCUCCAGCCUGCAGUUGUCCAUCCUUCUCUCUCGGGGACAGGAAUCCUGCACUCGCCUGCAGGACACGAUCUCACAUUAUCAGUCCUUAGCGGGGCGUAAGCUUGUAAAUAUAAGAGAUCUCUUUUGUUUUUUGAUGAGCUUGAUACAUGAUGCCCACAAGUCUCCGUCUAGGGUCGAUGAUGUCCCCUGCAAGAAGCGUCAUAUCUCUACUUCGGCGGCAGUAUUUUGUUCAUGGAGUGCGACUGAUGUUGAACGGGUGGAAGAAGCCAUUUUCAGAGUUCUUCGUGCAGUGUCUGGCUCUAAUUGGGUAAAUUGCCGUCUUCUUAGAAGCGCUGUUUUUAAGGUGGCUCCUCCAGAGCUCCUAGAUUAUUGCCUUGGGAAACUUGGAGGGAAAUUGGCAGCUGAUGGUAUGGUUGUUAAAGCCCGAUGCAAUCCUGAUUCAGGAGCCCUUGAGUACAGACUCGAGCCUGGAAGUGGUUCCAUAGGUGAAACAACUGCUUGCAGUGAUUCUUCGAUUUCAAAGUGCUCAUCUGUAGAAAAUCUUCUGCAAGAUCUCAGAUACAUGUAUGAAUCCUUGCUCCACCCUCAAACUAUGGUAAACUAUGACCCUCAGGCAACAAGGAAUAUUGCAAUCAGCUCAGCAGAGAAGCUCCUUGACUGCAAGCACUUUGUGAAAAACUACAAGGUUGAGAACAUGUCAUCCAUUGCAAACCCAUUUGCUGUAUGCCUGUCAUGUCAAGUGGAGCUCAUAGAUGAAUCUGAAGAGUUUACCACAAAUCCGCCGCCGGAGUUGAUUAUCCUUCCCCCAUAUGCAACAGUUUCUGACCUUAAGCUUGAAGUGUCCAAAGCAUUUCAAGAGGUAUAUCUGAUGUUUAGAAGAUUUCAAGGGGAAGAGCUAGUUGGCUUUGGUGGUGUAGAUGAUUCCACCCAGGUCAAACUUUUGCUAGGGUCAACUGAAUCAGUUCGAGUGCGAGGUAGGUGCCUUGGGAAAAAUGGACUGAGUAUGUAUAGAAUGGAGAGGGGUGUCGAGAGGUGGACGGUGGAUUGCAGCUGUGGGGCCAAGGAUGAUGAUGGAGAGAGAAUGAUGGCGUGUGAUGUUUGUGGUGUGUGGCAACACACUAGGUGUUCUGGUAUCAAAGACUCCGAUUCUGUCCCAUCCAAGUUUGUUUGUCAAAGAUGCAGGAAUUCCAACCGAAAUACCAAAGCCAGUGGACACUGCAAGGAUGAGACUGUUGCUGUUGGUAGCGGAAAGAGCUUGACUGCUCCUUUUGAUGUUCGCUGAGGUUUUGAACGUUUGUAAAGGUUUAUUAUUUUUAUUUUUUAGGAGUUUUUUCCUCGGGCCAAAACAAAUGUGUACAUAAGAAACAGGCCAAGAAGAUUGCAUUAGGGCGGUCGACUUGUUUUUGGACUCCUACCUCCUUUUAUCUUGUACAUAUUCUACCAAUGACAGUAGUCCUUAACAAGAAGCGAGAAAAUGAAAUUAACACGAAUGAUCAAGAAAAAAAUUAAGUACCUAAUUGCUGCAUUA